GAGACCAAUGUCGAAGACACCGAGAACGAAGGAUACAGUGUCUGGAGCCCCUCUGCAUCGUAUGAGGAAGACGGUCGGAAAGAAUACCUGAUUCCUCUUUGCCUCUGUAUGAGGAACGCCGAGUUUGUGUAAUCGCAAUGCAUGAAAAAUAAUCAACAAUCAAGAGCAAAGACUGAAAGUUCAAACAAAUUUGCUUCCAUAAUGCAUCAGUGCACUGUUUGUUCAAAAUCGUUCCCUAGUGCCUCUAAACUGGAGCGUCAUCACUUCACUCACACUGGACAGAAACCGUUCACUUGCACAGUUUGUGACAAAGGCUUUCGCCAAUCUGUCCAUUUAAAAAAGCACAUAGAGACCCACACAGGAAAAAGCAACCCUUGGAGUUUCCCCACAGACAGUCUCCAACAUGGCAGCUUCCCUAAUCCCAUGGAGCCAGUGUCUACACGUCAGGAUCAACCCUCGCCAGAUAAGUCUGGACAUGACUUCAAUAUCUACAACACCAUGCCAUUGCAACCAACCAGGCCAAUGUUUUCCCAAACACAAGAAGCUAAAGAAAGAAUGCCACUGUCGACCGGUAUCUCUCCCACAGAGAUGAGACACCAGCCAGAACUCCUACCCUCUCUGAUUGAUAACGGCUUCAUCAGCCAACAGAAUAUCCUAGCCAAUAGUCAGUUCCUCCCAAACCCAAUGUUUCAUGACCCCAUGGGGGCCUCCACAGCCAUGGGCAGUAGUCAGAGUGUAGCAGGCUUCUGGCACACAGAUCAAGGCAGCACAGCCAAGAAGCACACAUGCACGGUCUGCCUGAAGUCUUUCAACUCAUCCUACCAUCUUCAGAGGCAUAUACCCACUCACAGUCAGCUUAAGCCAUUCGAGUGUGAAACAUGUGGGAAGGCAUUCAAACAGAAGGCCCAUCUGAAAUCCCACUCCCAGUCACACCACAGUACUGGCUUCUCGGAGGAUCCCCCCGUAUCUGAGUCCCAGCAGGGUUCCUCGGCUGGUAAAAUGAGGGUAAACCACCAGUGUCCAACCUGUUUGAAAACGUUCUGCUCGCCAUCCAAACUGAAGCGGCAUUUCAUGAUUCACACGGGACAGAAGCCGUACUCCUGUGGGGACUGCGGGAAAUCAUUCAGGCAGGUAUGGCACCUCAAAACACACCUGUAUGCACAUAGGUGUGCGGGUACUGGCGCCGAUGUCAAGUCGGAGACAAACAGCCAGAGCUUGAACGGCUCCUCGACUUCACAGCCCGCAGGCGACAAGUCAUCCGCUCCGAGUAAUCCUGUGACUUCGUCCGUGGAGAUGGAGCUUCAGUGUGAGAUAAGUGUACGGACCCCUCCCGGCCACGACCAGGUAGACACGACAGACCAGAGUCCGAAUGACGUCAAGGUGGAGCAGCAAGGACAUGCAUCAAAUCACUACCAGUGCAGCAUCUGCUCAAAGACAUUCAGCAGCUUAAGUAAACACAGGCAGCAUUACGCGACUCAUAAAGAGUUGAGACACUUUCAGUGCCAGGUCUGCAACAGAGCCUUCCGCCUGGCCGUCCAUUUAAAACGCCAUCAGAUCAGUCACAAGAACCCGGAUGAGGAAUUUCAGAAUCAAAGUCUGUCGGAGACCCCUGGGAAGGCUCUCUUAGACCCUGUAAACGCUCACCAGCAUCCCAACAAUGGGAUGGCUUCUACUCAACCCAGUGACGGGCAUGCUCCUCACCACAGCGUCAUGGUGAAACCGGAGAAUGCAAGACCAAAACCCAGUGACGAACAGGAUUGUGCGCUGCAGGAAACUGACCCCUCGCUGGUCUCUGACCAGCAGACAGGAUCAGGCCAGGCCAACAGUCAGCAGCAGAAGAUCAGGCACAGACCCCAUUCAUGUCCGACAUGCCUCAAACGGUUCCCUUCUCCAUCCAAACUCCAGAGGCACAUGAUGACCCAUACAGGGCAGAGGCCUUUUGGAUGUGAGUCAUGUGGGAAGAGAUUCCGCCAGCUAAGUCACUUGAGGAUCCAUUCUCGCACUCACCUGUGGACAAAAUACUACAAGCAAAAGUUGCCUCUCACUACCAAACCUUCCUCUGCGUCGGUCGAUACUGAUUCCCCAAACGAGGCCGCCCUGAAGCAAAGUGAACAGGACACACUUUCAGAGAGACCGUUUGGUCAACCCAGCACUGGAGCAGUUGGGUGGAAUGAAAACAAUAGUAAAAAGCAAGGGUUUCAACAUGCAGCACCUCCACCUUUCAGGCCUCAAAGGAAGACCUUCGGCUCCACUAGACAGAGGCAUACCUGCCACCCCUGUGGGAAAACCUUUCCCCUGUUGACUCAAUAUAAACUCCAUGUAUGCUCCAAUCCUGGACUUCAAGGUAAGGAUAACCUUGACUGCGGGCCAUUUCCCUCUCAGCAAACGGCUUCAAAUUCAAGCGGCCCCUCAGAACCAAAUCAUUGUUCCAAGACGGCCACAAAGAGGCGCAAGUCUACCAACCCUGUGGGAAAUCCAGUGUAUACCAGACACCAGUGUUUGAUCUGUUAUAAAUACUUCCCGUCAUUCUCCAAACUAGAAAGACAUAGUCGCGUGCACACAGAUUUGAGACCCUACAACUGCCUGGCGUGUGGGAAGACCUUUCGACAGGCCACCCACCUGACGGUCCACGAGAGGACUCACAACAAGUUCGGGCCCCUCAGACCGACUUCUCAGCAAGCUACGACGAGUCAUGUAAAAGCACAACCACAAAAACAACAUCCUCUUCAAUAUCCUAAAAUACACGUCCAAGUUUCUCAAAUGAGUGCUAUUAAAACGGACCUUAGGCCUUCGAAAAGUCCAAAAGAAUGGGUAGGGAUUCAAGGCAACUAUGAAGACUCACUCCAUAACCAAGAGAAUACUCACCACGAAAACAAACAAGCCGUGGAAAUCAACGAAAAAUCCUCCCCCGACAAAACAAACAAGCUCGCCAAUCCUAAUAUCAAAAGCAAAGCGGCAGGUGAUAAAAGGAAAGGUCAUGUGUGCACCAUCUGCCAGAAGGGCUUCGACACUCCAUCCAAGCUAUCCAGGCACUUCCUUAUUCACACGGGGUUAAGGCCAUUCAAAUGCAGUUUCUGCAGUAAGGCCUUCAGGCAGGUCUGGCACAGGAGAAACCACGAGCGCACUCAUGAGAGCAUGCUGUUCACCAAUCCCCAGGACAACGGCACACAAGAAUCACCAGACAACUAUCCCACCGAGCGCCACGGUUCCGGAAGCCUCUCCGACGGUCCCACCACCAGCUCCGAGGGCGACGCACACAGGGAGGAGCCCCGGCCCCGUGACGACAGCCCCGAUCCCUGCUCCGUCACCAACGAGGCCCUUUCUGGUCACCCCACAGAGACAAGGGACAACAAAUGUGUGGAUUUCCAUAGCCUGCCAGCCCACACCAUGGACUUUGACAAUAAAGCAGGGGAUCUGUAUCAGUGCCCUGAGUGUCACAAUGUGUAUCAAACCCCCUCUGAGCUGGCCUCACACCUCGAGGCCCACUGGCGUGUCAGCUCCCAGGACCUACUGGGCCCUCCCCCGGCACAGCACGAGGCUGGGAGCAGCACACAGCGCAUGGGGACGGCUUUCCCGGCCAAUAGAGGCCUCGACGAUACUGGUAGUCGUGAGGUGUUUAGUGAGAGGCAUUCUGGGAGUGAGAGUUCUGUUGGUGAAAUCCCACUGCAGGCAGAAAUGCAUUACAACGAUUGGAGCGAACCACUCCGGUCGCUUCAGUGUAGGAAGUGUCUGAGGUCUUUCGCUCUGGAGAGAGAUCUGCAGCUCCACAAGUGUGCUAGUGGAACUCAGACCGAGGCUCCUCAAUCCAACCAAUAUCAGUGUGCCAUAUGCUUCAAGAAUUUUGUUUCUCCCUCCAAACUGAAAAGACAUUACGUGACACACACAGGUCAGAGGCCAUACAUGUGUGAAAUAUGCGACAAGACUUUUACACAGUCUUCCCAUUUAAAAACACAUCGUCACCGAAGCCAUAAACAGUGAAAAAAAACAGGCAUGCUUUGGGAGGAGGGUGGCAUCUCAUGUGAUUAUAACUAGAGUUAGUUCAUUUGAAAGUGUACAACGUUUCCUAUAGUUUUACGUAUAUAGAACAUUAUAUGUUUUUGUUUACCUGCAUGCUAUUCAUUUAUAAUGGUGGUAUUCCAUGUACAAGAUAGGAUAAUAAACCUUGAGCGA